CACCCCGCUCCCUCCCGCUGGUGCACUGCAGCCGCGUCCCCCACCAGGCUCAGAGCCCCCCACCAGGCUCAGAGCGUGGAGGCCAGGGGCCUGUCUCCGGCCUGUGUCCUCAGUGAGGUUUACGACACACCGCCCCACCCUCCUGGGCUUUGUCACGUCCAGGUCUUUCCUGCGCACCCGACCCUCUGUGUUCCCGCAGAGCCACCAGCACUCACAGAGGUUAUGCUGGGUCACAACGUGGCGCCAGGCCGGAGCACGGCGUCAGGCAUGCGUGUGCCCCUGCGAGGCCACAUCCACCCCAGGGACACACACGAGGGGACGCAAACAGAGACCCAGACAACACACGUCCGAGACCUCGGUCACGGGCCCCCCCACCCAGGGCCAGAACAGGCAAACGGAACUGGAGAGCAGCGCGGCAACCCAGACCUGCACGGGGCAGCCGGGAUGGCCAGAGGCAGCCCGGGAUGCCUUUGUCCCCUCCCAGGCAGAAAACCGACGUGCGUGUGCCCCCGGCUCCUACAGCACACGUUGAGUGCCAGCCGAGCCCUCCAGGGCCCAGGCAGCCUCCCCACAGAGGACGCUGUGGGGGACAGAGUGCCAGGCUGGAGCCGCUGUGCCCCUUCCCCUUCCCGCGUGGUGCAGCUUCGGCUCUGCCCUCCGUGCCUCAGUUUCCUCCUCUGCCUGGCCGGGCCUGCGGACUCCGCUGCCCCAGGCUCCCUCCCGCAGGGCCCUGAACCACGCUCCUCAGGGGGCCGGCGGGGGCGGGGAAGACGCCCGCCCCGCCCCCACCCCGCCCCCGCCCCCACCCCCCCGCUGCCUUUGCCCAAAAGGAGCCCCGAGCGCGGGCCUGACGUCAGCCCCCAGGAAGGCGAGGUCCGUAGGGAAGCUGGAGUAAGUGGCCCACAGAGCCGCAGCCGCGGCCGUCUCCUCUCCACGCGGGCGAAGCUGCGGCCCCGGGCGUGCGCUGGCCGCUGUCACGCCCUCCGCGUCUUCCGCAGGGCCCUCGGCCAUGGCUGCCCCCAAUGCCACGGCGGCGGCAGUGUGGACUAACGUCAGCGUGCCGGAGAUGCCCCUGUUCCACCUGUUCGCUCUGCUGGACGAGGAGCUGCACGCCGCCUUCCCGGGCCUGUGGCUGGCGCUGAUGGCAGUGCAUGGCGCCAUCUUCCUGGUGGGGCUGGUGUUCAACGGGCUGGCGCUGUACGUCUUCGGCUGCCGCACCCAGGCCAAGACGCCGUCGGUCACCUACACCAUCAACCUGGUGGUGACCGACCUGCUGGUGGGCCUGUCCCUGCCCACGCGCUUUGCUGUCUUCUACGGCACCCGCGGCUGCCUGCGCUGCGCCCUCCCGCACGUCUUUGGCUACUUCCUCAACAUGCACUGCUCCAUCCUCUUCCUCACCUGCAUCUGCGUGGACCGCUACCUGGCCAUCGUGCAGCCCGAUGGCUGCCGCCGCUGGCGCCAGCCUGCCUGCGCCAGAGCCGUGUGCGCCUUUGUGUGGCUGGCCGCCGGCGCCGUGACGCUGUCCGUGCUGGGCGUGACGGCCACCGGCGGGCCCUGCUGCCGCGUCUUUGCGCUGACCGUCCUGGAGUUCCUGCUGCCGCUGCUGGUCAUUAGCAUAUUCACCGGCCGCAUCGUGUGUGCGCUGUCCCGGCCGGGCCUGCUGCGCCAGGGCCGCCAGCGCCGCGUGCGGGCCGUGCAGCUGCUGCUUACCGUGCUCAUCAUCUUCCUCGUCUGCUUCACGCCCUUCCACGCCCGCCAGGUGGCUGUGGCGCUGUGGCCCGACGUGCCCCACCACACCAGCCUCGUGGUCUAUCAUGUGGCCGUGACCCUCAGCAGCCUCAACAGCUGCAUGGACCCCAUCGUCUACUGCUUCGUCACCAGCAGCUUCCAGAACACUGUCCGUGGCCUCUUCCGCCGGCAUGGAGCAGAGCGCGAGCCCAACAGCUGCGACGUGGUCGGCGUGCGCAAGAGCUCCAAGGACCCAGCUCACCAUCACAUCCUCGGCGCCAGACCUCGAGCCCUCACGCAGGCCCUGGCUCAUGGGCCUGAGGCUUAGUUGGUAGGACUUUGCAAGGGGGCCAAAGGUCAGGGCUGGACUGGACAUGCCAGGUCAGGGACAGCACAGAUACCUGCUCUACCCGGGUGGCAAAUUGGGUUCACCCGAUCAAUUGGUGAUGGCUGCCCGGGGCACUGCGUGGAGGAAGUGUCUAAGGCCACUGUGCUAUGAUUGAUUAGCAAUGUCUGCCAUGGGCUCUAGAUAGGAUGUGGUGGUCCGAAUGCUGAUAAUUUGCCAUCCCUAAGGUAAAUAUUGUAUCCAUUGAAAACUCAGAGGGGUGGCCAGGAGCUGCUUCUCACUUGGACCACUCAACCUCUAGAAGGGCUUCCUGAGAAACAUGGACAAAGAUGUUUCAGAUACUGGGAAUUUCAAAGAGGGUUAAAAAGAUAACCUGAAGAGGUUCCCUCCCCACCCCUCCCCCUUUUUCUCCCUCCCCCACAAAGAGAGAAGAACAAGAACAGAAAGGAAGUGUUAGAGGACGCAGAUGUUAUGUGAGCGGACGUGAAGGGUUCACGUCUGCAGGGCCUCCGUGUGAGGCAUCCAUAAAUCACACAGAAAGACAGCCUGACACCGUGGGGUGCUUUGCUGUGAGUACUGUGAUAUCUGGGCUGACGCUCGAACCAGAAACUACCCUACAAAGGGGAGACUGUUUUCCACCCGCCAGCCAUGAGGGGGAGGCUGAGUGGCACGUACAGGUGCCAUGAGUGGGAGAUGGCCAAUCAAAACUCAGCCCCACCUCCUCCAACAUCCCCUUGCCUGCCCCACGGAGACCGCUAAAAUCUUCCCAAAGCCCCCCACUUUAGGAACCAUCUUGGAAGACCCUGCCCGCUGGCCCAGGAGGGCAGCAGGCUCACAGCCCAUCCUAUGGAUGAGAAACCAAGGGCAAAGACACAGAGACUGGAACCCAGGCCUGCUGGCCUAAGGCCACCGUCUCCCCACACUCAGAACCCUUCAUUCUCCCUCUCAGCUGGCUCAUCAUGCCUCCCUGCCUUUCCUGGGGAGGGAGCAUUUCUCUGGCUUGGGCCUCUGGUCGCCUCCUCUGAGCUGGACUCCAGGAUAGCCUCUGCGUGCCUUCUAGUCGAACGUUCAAGCUCCCGUGAGCCGUCUCUAGACUGCUGUAUGGGGGGAGGGCGUCUGUUGUGAGAGAGGAGCUCUGGGCGUCCCAGGCGCCUCUAGCCACCAGGCUCCACCCUCUCACGUGGCCACCACCACUGAAACUGGUGAGAUGGUAUCUGGGCCCCAGGUCUGCCCUUUGUCUGCAGAGAAAUGUCCUGCAUGGGACUUCCCUGGUGGUCCAGUGGUUAAGACUCCGCAGGGGACAUGAAUUCGAUCCCUGGUCAGGAAACUAAGAUCCCACAUGCCACACGGUGCAGCCAAAAAAAAAAAAAAAAAAUGUCCUACAUGCUCGGUGGCUCCAGGCAGAGUAUCCUGGCCCCGAGUUCAGGGCCCUAGUGCAAGGCCUGGUUGGGAGGCAGAAAGGCCAUUUAUAUCCCCAUAUUACAGACAAGGAAACUGAGGCUCAAAGAGGGAAAGGACCUUGCCAGGGUCAUAGAGUACCCAGGUACUGCAAGACCAGUACUAUCUGCUGGAGCCCCGUGGGGUUGGCUCCUUUGGCCCUAGGACCUUGUGGGGUGGCCAAGGUGGGAGAUGCUGGAGCCCGGGGGAGUCCAAGGCCUGCUCAGUGAAGUGGUGGGGGAGCUGGACCCAGGGUUGCUUCCUGGGCCCGGGUGCUCAAGAAGCAAGGGGUGUGGUUGUCAGUAUCAGGACCACCAUCCUUGGCCUUGACUGGGUGCCGGGUACAGUAUGGAGCCGCCCCCCACCUCCCAGCUCAGAGACGGGCCCAGAGCCCCAUGGAACAGAGGAGGGGCCUGGCUCUUGGGAGAGGAGGGUGCGGGAGGGGGCUGUCUGUGCCAAGAAGCCCACGGUGUCAGCGAUGCUGACCCCAGGGAGUGGCACUUAGGGUGGGUUUUCAGGCAGGGAGGCUCUGACAGAGCUUUGUCUCUCCCCGGCCUGCAAGCCGGCACCUGGGCAGUCACACAGCAGAGGAGGGAAAGUCAGCGUGAGGUGUUUGUCCCAGCCCAGCACCACGUGUGGGCUUUCCUCCAGGGUCAGCAGCCCUGAUCCUAUCCCAGGUUCUCACUCUAAUUUAUACUAAAGAGUGAGUGGCUGACUUGAGCUGACUGCUGUGCUUGGGGGUGGAGGGGUUGCAAUUCUUCUGGAACAAUCCCUUCCUCAAGGAGGAGGGCGGUCUCUAAGGUAGGUGAGCCAGCGUGGGUCUCGGCAAACAUUGACCGGGCACCUGCUGGGUCCCAGGUCUGUCUGGCCCCGCUUCACACCCAGUGUCUCGUUAAUCCCCACCAUUCAUGGAAGUAAGAGCCCAGGGCAAGACUGGGAUCCAGAUCCAGGGUGGCCAGGCCCCCUCCCCUUGUCCCACAUGUGAAAUCCCACCAUCCAGCCUGGGUUCCUCAGGGACUGGAAGAGCCGUGGGGAUAAAGGAUGCCAGGGCCCAAGGGAGCCUUCCAUCACCCCCCAGAGCUGUCUGAUGGCCCCCAUGCAGAGCCCUCGCUAAGUGGGCCUCAGUUUCCCCCACUCUCCACUCGUCUCCCUCCUCUCUGUGGCCUUGCGCUGGCGGGCAGGGGGCUGGGUGCAAGGGAUUCACCACACGUGACCCCACAACUUCCCCAGACACUUGCUUCCUCCUCCUGACGGCUGGCUCCUCCCCACUCCCUCCAUGGGGACACAGGCCCAGGAGCCUCCAGAGGCCAGACCGGGACUGUCCUUGUUCCCACAGGGGCCAGAGUGUGAAGUCUCUGCAGUCCCCUCCACAUGGCCUCCCUUCCCAGAUUUUUGAAAAGCCCAAGUGAUGUGAGGUGGCUUGUGUAUUUAUAUCUGGUGUAAACAUUCUCCUUAACGAGGAAUCCUCGUCCUGAAUUAAAACUGUUUAUUCCC